AUGGACGUUUUCCUCUUGACCACAUUCGUUCACGAUAAAUCACUGUGCCCGGUGUUCGCUUGGUGCUUGAAAAAUCUUUUAGCAGUUGUUUGGGGUGCUCAAGUGAUCCAUUGGAAUAUGCUUAUGGGAAUAUCGAGGCUCUGGUGUGUGCUGGCAGUGAUCUCGUUCAAAAAGUAUCUGACUUCUCGAAUGAGAUUGGUGAUCUCGUGCGUUGUUUGGGGUUUUAAUGGGAUCUUGUGCUUGCAUAUCUUCAUCUUCGUUGAUUGUAGAUAUUGGCCAAUGGCACGACAACGUCUGCGGAAAAUCGUAUAUCGAAAAGAGAAAUCAUCAUCCCGAGCCGAUCAGUCAUUACACACUCUACAAACGAAAGAAAUCGUCACUCUUUAC